CUCCUCUCUUCCAAGUAUUUGAUGCCAAAGCAUAUACUUCUCUGCUACCACUACCCCACUCGGGCUCCUCGUUUAACAACUUUCUUUCCAAUUGAAUUAGGGUUUUUGCCUUCUGCUCUUCUGUGCGGAUGAUGGAAACUCUGCAUCACAGAGUGGAGUCAUGGAUCAGAGAUCGCGGGAAUUGGAUUUUAAAGGUUCAAUGGCCUCCACAGUUCGCUCAGUUCAGAUGGCCGUGGAAGAACGACAGAGAACAGAGGAAGAAGCUGCAAGAAGAGUACGAGAGGCGGAAGAAACAGCUUCACGAACUCUGUCAUGCCGUGAAGGCCGACUCUGUAUCUGAUUUGCAGGACAUUCUCUGCUGCAUGGUUCUUUCCGAGUGUGUUUACAAGAGACCUGCAUCUGAGAUUGUUCGAGUAGUGAACAAAUUCAAGGCAGACUUUGGAGGACAAGUUGUGUCUCUGGAGCGUGUGCAGCCAUCUUUAGAUCAUGUACCUCACAGGUAUCUGCUAGCAGAAGCAGGAGACACGUUAUUUGCUUCUUUCAUUGGAACAAAGCAGUACAAGGAUGUAAUGGCUGAUGCUAAUAUACUGCAAGGUGCCAUAUUUCAUGAGGAUACAGCAGAAGAUAUUGAAGAGAGUGAAGUUGCUGAAUCUGAACAACUACAAAGUAAAAACGAAGAAAAUCAUAGAAAGCCACUUCAAUCGAAGCCCAACCACCAGAAAAGUAAACCCAAACCUGCUGCUCAUCGGGGAUUCUUGUCUCGCGCCAAAGGGAUACCAGCAUUGGAAUUGUACAGGCUUGCACAGAAAAAGAACCGAAAGCUUGUCCUAUGUGGACAUUCUCUUGGUGGUGCAGUAGCAGCUCUGGCUACCCUUGCCAUUUUGAGGGUUAUUGCUGGUUCAUCUCCAUCAAAGGAAAAUGAAAAAGUUCAAGUCAAGUGUAUCACAUUUUCCCAGCCUCCUGUUGGCAAUGAUGCUCUGAGAGAUUAUGUCCACAGAAAAGGAUGGCAACACUAUUUCAAGACUUACUGCAUUCCGGAGGAUUUAGUACCACGUAUACUGUCUCCUGCUUAUUUUCAUCACUAUAAUGCACAACCAUUGCAAUCAUCUGCUGAAUUGGGAACUAGUGGUCCAUCAUUGGUGAAACUUGAAGAUAGGUUUGAGGGGUCAAAAUCAGUUAAAACCAAAGAGAAUGAGGGGGAGCAGCUUGUGCUGGGUUUAGGACCGGUGCAGAAUUCUUUCUGGAGGCUUUCGAGGCUUGUGCCCUUGGAAAGUGUUCGAAAACAGAUCAAUAAAUUUACAAGAAGACAAAUUGAACCAGCAGAAAUAAAUUCAGGGGCUUCUGGUGCUGGCUUGACAUCAACCGAUGAUGAAGUUGCACCACAGUCUCUUGAGAUCCAAGAGGGUUCAGAUGGAAUUUCUCUUAAACCUUUAUUUGAUGCAGACAAAGAUGCACUUGAUGAAGCAAAAAGUAGCAAUGCAAUAGGAAAGAGCAGCACUACUAUGGAUAAUUCUGGGGGAUGGCGCAGGGUGCCAUACCUUCCUUCUUAUGUUCCAUUUGGACAGCUUUAUCUCUUGGGCAACUCUUCAGUUGAAUCACUCUCCGAUGCAGAGUACUCAAAAUUAACGUCGGUGAGGUCUGUGCUAUCAGAAUUGAGGGAACUAUUUCAAUCACAUUCAAUGAAGUCGUAUAGGUCUCGCUUUCAGAAAAUCUAUGACUUGUGCAUGUCUGUUAAUGCUUCUUCAUUCUUGGGAAUAGAGCAGUUGCCACAAUUCCCACAUUUACAGCAAUGGCUUGGUCUUACAGUUGCUGGUGCUGUAGAGCUUGGCCAUAUUGUAGAGUCCCCUGCUAUACGCACAGCUACAUCUAUUGUUCCUCUACGUUGGAGUGGUGUUCCUGGUGCGAAGAAGGAAGAACGAUUAAAAGUUGAUAUCACUGGUUAUGGAUUACAUCUCUGCACACUAGUUCAGGCUCAAGUGAAUGGUAACUGGUGUUCUACCACAGUAGAGUCAUUACCCUCAAUGCCACCUUAUUCUUCAACUCUUGGAUUAGAGACAGAUUUACAAAAGAUACGGGUCUUAGUUGGACCCCCACUCAAACGGCCCCCAAAAAAUCAGAUAAUAGUAGAUCCUUUGAUGACAGGCUUUCCUUCAGUUGAUACGGAGUCCAUAAAUCCUAGCAGGAACUUCAAUAUAGGAUCACAUCAGGAGGGUGGAAGCAUUCGCCCUGAAGGAUUAAAUGGUUUUGUCAUAUUCUGUACAAGUGAUUUCACUACUGUUUCAAAGGAAGUUCAAGUCAGAACUCGUAGAGUGCGAUUAGUUGGUCUUGAGGGUGCUGGCAAAACUUCUUUGUUUAAUGCUCUACUGGGUCGGGGCCAAUCUACCACCAUCUGUCUUGAGGGUUUCCCUCCGGAGGUCAAUAGUCAAGAAGGAAUUGCUCAUGGUUUAUGCUAUUCAGAUUCAGCAGGAAUAAAUUUGCAGGAGCUGAAUUUGGAGGCCACCCAUUUCAGGAAUGAGUUGUGGACAGGAGUGCGUGAUCUUUGUAGGAAAACUGAUCUGAUUGUUCUUGUGCAUAACCUGUCACACAAGAUACCGCGGUACAACCAAUCCAAUGAUUCACAGCCACAGCCAGCACUUGCUCUUCUGUUGAAUGAGGCUAAAGCACUGGGAAUCCCUUGGGUUCUUGCUAUAACAAACAAAUUUUCUAUCAGUGCACACCAACAAAAAGCAGCAAUUGGGGCUGUUGUCCAAGCAUAUCAAGCAUCUCCAAGCACAACUGAAGUUAUCAAUUCCUGCCCUUAUGUGACACCAACUGCUGCCGUCAGUCCUCAGUCAUGGGGUACAACAGAUGCUGCGGAUUCUAAGGGGAUGGUGGGUGCCCAAAAGCUUAUUCUUGCUCCUAUUAACAUUGUUCGGAUGCCUUUCCAAAGGAAACCCAAUGUUCUGCCUGUGGAGGGUGUAACUGCUCUUCGUCAGCUCAUUCACCGUGUGCUUCAGACCCAUGAGGAGUCUUCUUUACAGGAAUUCACGAGAGAGAGACUUUUGUUGGAAUCAGCAAGAGAACAGGCAAUGACAGCCAAUGUGAAUCAAGAUUCCCAAGGCAAGGGAAGUUCUUUGACAGCUGCCGCUCUUGGUGCAUCCUUUGGUGCUGGUCUUGGCCUUGUCUUGGCAGUUGUCAUGGGUGCCGCAUCUGCCUUGAGGAAACCCUGAGAUUAGCAGUUCCAAUCAUUACAAUUUGGUUUACUCGGGUUUUAAUUGGGUACAAGCAGCAUUACUUUUCCAUACUGGAGAUGAGAUACAAGAUUUUAUCGUCUCUACUUUUUCAAAUUGAGAGAUUUAUUGUAUAUGAUAGUUAAACUCUUGUAUCAUCAAUGUGAAUGCCAUACUAUCUAUUCAUUCCAUUCAUGGAACUUCUGUACAGGCAAAACAUUUUCCACCCUUACUGUAAAUUUGAGUUAGUGCAUUUAUAUGAAGGUCCAGGAUUCUGUGUUGAAAA